AUGGGGCAGGCGUUCCGCAAACUGUUCGAUGCCUUCUUCGGCAACAGCGAGAUGAGGGUCGUGAUGCUUGGGCUGGAUGCAGCGGGCAAGACCACCAUCCUGUACAAGCUGCACAUCGGGGAGGUCCUCUCGACUGUCCCUACGAUUGGGUUCAAUGUUGAGAAAGUUCAGUACAAGAACGUGCUGUUUACAGUGUGGGAUGUUGGUGGCCAGGAGAAGUUGAGGCCCUUGUGGAGACAUUACUUUAAUAACACAGAUGGAUUGAUCUACGUGGUUGAUUCAUUGGAUAGGGAGAGAAUUGGAAAAGCCAAAGCAGAGUUUCAGACAAUAAUCAACGAUCCUUUCAUGCUUAACAGUGUCAUAUUGGUAUUUGCCAAUAAACAAGAUAUGAAAGGGGCGAUGACACCAAUGGAGGUGUGCGAAGGCCUUGGCCUCUAUGAUUUGAAGAACCGCGUCUGGCACAUCCAAGGUUCCUGUGCCCUCAAAGGUGAUGGUCUUUAUGAGGGCUUGGACUGGCUGUCAAGUACUCUGAAGGAUCUGCAAGCGUCCGGUCGCCUACCCUCAGGAGGGACCUAA